AUGGGCGGAGGGCUUCAUGGUGGGAAAGGGGAGAGAUAUCAAACGUUACAGAUUGGAUUCACUCCGUCGAACAUGAGGUUGGAUGAAUGGAAGGCAUCUUUCCCUGCAGUUACCUGCGUCAAGGAGAUUUCAAGAAAUGGCAAGGAACUUGGUUGCCACCCGUCGGAUAAAAUCAUUCCAAAGAAAUCUGAAACCAGCAAUGUGACAUUCCAGAUUUUCUGGCAUGAGACAUGGCUGAUAGUUGAGCAACGGCUGCCUGCUGGUCACGUUCAACUUGCUUACACGGAUGGCAACAGAUUGAGGGUUGGACAGCUAGUGCUUCGAGUGAAUGAAUCUGUGCAUGAGUAUGGGAGAGUUGUCAGCCGCGAGGGGGAAGCGUCUUUCAAAGUUCGGUGGCUGCCAAACAGCUCAUCGAAUCAUAGUUUGGAUGUUGAAACAACUGUAGGAAACACGUUAGUCGACCCUAGUGUUUAUGCACAUGCCCUUCCACGUCUCCAAGCGAUGUUAAGGGACGAGUUUGGGAACAAGCGAUUUAGGACUGGUGAUCGACCACACGUGGGGAUGCGAGUUUUCGUUUCCAAACGUUCAUACAUGGAUCCCAACAGAAGGAAUCUUGCUAUGAAGUCUGCAGAUGGGCCAGGAAUCGUGGUAGACCUGCUUGAACACUGCGAAGAACAGCUCAUCCUCAGAAUCUGCUGGAUCAAGACGAAUCAGUACAGUACAAUCGGGUGGAAGAACGUCAUACAUCAUGGUGGUAUUUUACGAGAAGAUCAAGAUUUUGUCGUGGGAAAGCAAGGUUGUACACCUGAAGUUGGAAUGCGUGUUCGCUUCACGGAUGAAGUACGCGUGUUGAAACCCAAAAUGCUUGAAGAUUCUAUGGGCGGGAUGGGCACAGUGUACUCGGUCAAAGUCAAGAAUGCGAGCAUGGGAAGUCUCUGUGAGGUUGUGUGGGAUAGGAGUGGUGCGAACAAGGAAUAUCAUCUCUGCCUAGUUUUGCCGUCUGAAACCGAAGUCCUACUGGGCAAGCAUAUCAAGGCGGAUAUCGGGUUGAAUGUCUGUCUCUCCAAGUCCUCCGUGGCUUUGCUGCCUUCACUGAUCUCCUCUCCUUUUCAAACCAGCAGGAUUGCAGUGAUCCAAAAGAUUCUGGACUUGCAGAGAAGCUUCCUGGCUAGAUUCCUAAUCUCAAGAUCCAACCUAUUGCAGCAGGACGACGUUGCGCCUUUGAUUGCAGUUGAUGUCGCUCCUGAACCUGGAACUCGCGUGCGAUUAUCCAACGAAGCGACUUCCAGGCUCUAUGUCAACCCCAGCAACCGUGGGACAAUGGUGGAAGUGAGGGGGGGGAAAUGUCAGGUCGUGUGGGACAGCAGUCGCGAGCUAGAGGAGUACAGCAUUGGACAAGGAGGCUUGUUCGAUCUCGUCGCUAUCAGUGAUGAAAUGUUAGUGGGCACUACCAGCUGCCCGGUAGCGACGGGAAUGAUGGUGGUCCCCUCCUCUCGCUUCAUUACCAAUGUUCCUGACGCUCUACGAGUGACGGGGGAUGGCCCAGGCGUCAUUGUGGCUCUAGCAAGAGCACAGGAGGAGGCAGGAGGCAGGAGGAUACAUCAAGAGCUUCUGUGUGAGAGUGUUGCAGUCCGAGCAGGCACCUUGCGAGCAGUUGUGAAGUGGAACGCGACAGGAGAAGAAUUUGUUUACAAUGCAGGACAAGGAGGAGACUUUCAGCUGGCCAAGUGGCAAGAUGAUGACAGUCAUACGGGCAAAGUUUGUGUCAUCGGCUGGAAAGAAAGUCCGGACAGCAUCGCGGUCGUGCCGUAUGAACGAGGCUAUCAGAUACGUCGCGAGGGACGAAGAGGGGAGAUCUCCGUUUCCAUCUUCUCUCUGGCGCUUGCAGAAGAGAAUUUUGAUUUUGUUGAUGUCUUCGACUUCAUCUUUGACCAAGCAAUUGAGAAGAUCCGCAUCAAUCUGAGCGCGCAAUCUGGCUCAGCUUGUCUUGUACAGAGCGUUUUUCGAGGGCAUCUGGCUCGAAAGAAUCAUAGAAUGAUGGUUUUAAGAACGAAGAUGUGCGAAGUGCUGCUCAUGUUCGCCAGUGGUGAAGAUAUCCAGAAAGGCUGUAAGGGUCCGUCUCAUUCUUCCACUCAUCGUGAAUUCGUCUCGCUGUUGAGUUCUUUGCAAGAGGCGCAGGAUCAACAGAAUCAGCAAAACUCCGGUGGCAACUCAGAUGGACAGGCACCCGCUGUCAAUGCGAUAUCUCCUCAGCUGCUCCUAGACAGUCAGAAGCGUUGGAUCCGUGUUGACAGGCACCUUGUCGUGGACUUUCCGAUCCUCCUCAAGGUAAGAGAGAACCUUGGGUUCACGGUGGGGGAAAUUAGCACGCAGAGGAAGGAGUAUCAGGAUCGUCUGAUCUCCCAGAAUGCCUUGCUUCACCUCAUCUUCCUGGCUCUCGGCAUUGUUCUCGGGCAUGGCGGUCGUCCGCCUCUCCAGUUUCACUUUGUUCCUAUCGAGACUGUUCUGCAUGCCUCGAACAAGCAAGUCCUAUCUGCUCUCCAGGACCAGGCAAUCUUCUCCAUCUCCCAAAUCAUUUGCAAGAAUCAAGACGCGUCGGAUGCCUUCGUCAGCAUGGGAGGUGUAGACCUGCUUGUGCUACUCCUUCUGGAUGAUAGCGACAUGUUUGCUCACAAACAUCCGCUCGUGUUGCUCUUGAAUAAUCUCUUGUUGUCCUCAUCGAAGGUUAUCAGUGUCGUUCAACAGCAUUUCCCAUCGUUUUCGCAGUCUUGCUUUCAAAAGUUUGUUAGAAAUUGUAUAUGUUCAACGCCCAGAAACCACAAAGCUUCUACUUCAACCUUCCGUGUGUAUGAGUCAGUUGCCGGAGAUGAAGAUGAUAGGUUUUCGUCUCAAGAGGUUGUUGAAUUCUCUGCCCUCGAGCUUAGCAGCUAUCGCCUUGCAGCAGAUUGCUUCCGUCUCAUUGGAAUAAUUUCUCUGGAGGAUCCAGAGCUCCCAGCUGCCUGUAUCGAGGAUGAGUUAGCUUCUGAUUUCUUUCUUUUCCUAUCCCGGAUCACCACAAAAGAUGCUCACAGUGACAACUCAAUCUCCUUUGCGUUUCUCACAAGCUUCAUUUUGUUGUUUCACUCCUUCGAAGUACCCAGCUCUCAUGCUCGCUUCGUUUCUUCUUUCCUUCCGGAUCUGAAAAAACUUCUUGUUGAUUUUAUCGACCAUGCCCUGCAAACAAGCGAAUUGAACAACACAUCAUUCGGAGUUGACGGAGUUAGCUGGGAAGAAGCUGAAGUACCUACGACUUCUCAAUCUCAAAUGAGCCGAAAGACGACUGCCAAGGUCGGGAGAGAAUCCUCGCAAGACGUGCUACAGAGGUCGAUGGACGUGGAAGUUGUUUGUCUAUCGAAGCGCCUUGUACAUGCUGUGGCGAUGCGACAACUUGCUUUAAAUGAGAGCUUGAGAUCAUUGUUCUUCCAGCAAGGAGGGUUGCUGCUACUCUCUCGGACGAUGACGGAUGAUGACCACGCCGACAGCCUCCAUAUCUCUCGGCUCGUCAUGGAUGCUUUCGUUUUGUCUUGUUUCCACGUGUCGGCAGUCUCCGAUGAUCAAGUUGUUCAUCACAUUGAAGAUUCAAUCGAGCAAGAUUUCCAGGCGAUCUUUGCUCAUGAUUUGCUGGGAUUGGCAAGGCAUGAUGAUCAAUUGCUUUCAAAGCUAGAGCUCGUCGGUAAUCUGAGCCAGUUUGUACAAGAAUCUGAUCGUCCUGUUGAUGAAAACCAUCAUCCCCUUCCGAUGCCGGACUGGUUGGAUGUCGGGGUCGGAGGCUCUGCCGCCCUCGUUCUUCUCCUUGACAACAAUUUCUUCUUCUGCGCUCGCAAUGUUAUAGAGCUUGUCUUCGCUUGUUGUGCAAAGAAGGACAUUUUCAUCCUGCAUGGGCAGCAUACAGCCCCUCGCAAACUUGCUGCAUGCAUCCGAAAUUCACAGCAGGUCGUCUUUCUCGAAGAAGGAGAAACGAUGGAGGUAUCAGUCUCUGCGGUUCAAGAGAGGUUGGGGAUCAGAGGGAAAGCUCCUGGACCUGUCAUCUUAUCCUUCGGAGGCUCGAGUAAGUUUCGAGUAGUCGAUUCAAGUAUCGAUGAGUUUCUGGACGACAUGUCGAGGUUGACCAAGAUGGAUAGGAAUCUCUUUGUUGCCUUUGAUGUGCCACGUGGGUCAGCCGUUGGUUUCGCUUUCUUGCAUUCGGUUGCCUCGCCAUGGGUGGAAGUGAUGACGGUGAUCCAGGCAAGCCUCUUGCAAGCCCCCGACCAGGAUCAGCACAGCUCGUGGGCAUCGAGUCUUGCCAACAAAUGGAGGGUUUUUGACAUGCAAGGGCUUGCUGGGGAAACCAGAAGAGAAGAUGAAGAGACGUGGAGGAGAUUGCGGAAUGAGUAUCGCAAACUCAUCGACGAGCACAACUUUGAAGAGGCUCAGAGACUGAAGAAAACUUCUCAUCUCCUGUCCAAGCAACUCGUGAGAUCAACAAUCGACAAAGUCUCUGAGCGCAUUUGCAUGUCAUAUGGUAUCGAAUGGAGGAAACCAGGCCCCCCACGCCUGAUGAUCAAGCUGGUUGAAGGAAGGACACGUGUGGGUGAGCUUGAGAUGGAGCUUGCGAAUGCCUCUUGGAGCAGUCUCCUCCACCUCUUCAAGGAAAGCUUUCACUCUGCCGCUGAGUUCGGCUACAAGCAAGUCGGAGGAAGCAUGCAUCCCCUGCGCGAUCAGAAAUCUUUCGACUGCUUCCUGGGCUGUGCUCGAACAGGUUCCGUUAGUGACGUCGAUGCUGUGGGCUCGUGGGCGGAAGCAAACAUGGCGUUUGGGAAGGGAGAGAUUGAUCUUAUCGUCCACCUGUUGGUCUUCAGGACAGGGCGCGACGUUGACGGAGGAAGAGCUGAACCAAGAGCUGACACCGGAGAUAGGGAGGAGGAUGAGGAUGAAUCGUUGGAGGACGACAGCUUUGAGCCUUUUCACGAUCUUUGCGACCCUCACCAUGGAGAUCUUGAGAGCGCGACUGCUUCUUCGCAGCUGAGCGAAGAUUGUGGUGUCGAGAGGCUUUUCGAUGGAAGGGGCAGCACGAGAUGGGCAAGUCAACGAGAGAACAUCGGGGCAUGGAUCACGUUGCGUUUCAAACACAGCGUUGUGAUUAGCGACUUUUACCUUGUGCAAUCAUUUGCACAUGAAAACUGCAUGAUGGAGUGGAUUUCUGUUCUUUCUUUCGAGUUUUCAGAUGGAAACUAUCGCGACUUUGAACUUGAAGCUCAGAGUGAUAAGACUCAGCGCCUGGAGCUUGAUCCCAUCAUCACCGACAGCAUCAAGCUCAACGUUCGCUCCUCCUUCGCGGCCUUCAGGGUUGGCUUAACACAGUUCGGUGCUCGAGGGUACAGGCAUAAUGUGCCUCGAAUUCUCGUGGGCCCGCAUGAGAAGCUCCGCCCGGCCAUCCUUGCGGUGGCGCCUGGAGGAACUUUGGGGAUGUCGGAGGGGAUCUUUGAGGAGAGCCUUGUCCUUGACAAGCCCCUCAACGUCAUCGCGAUGACAAGAGAUCGCGUCAGCCUUACUCAGACUGAUCCUGGUCUUCCUGUUGUGAUUUGCUCGUCUCCCGGCGUGACGCUCAACGGUCUCAUGGUGGUUCAAGGGGGCGACGUCUCCAGCUCUGCUCCUGCCGGGUUCCGCAUGGAUCGUCUUGCACCAGGUGUCAUGGGGGCGCACUGGGAGCACGAGCAGGGAGCGGGAGGAGGAGAGGAGGCGGAAGGGAGGGGGCAGUCGCUUCCAGGGGACGAAGGAAAGGAGCUCCCUGCUUUCUAUCGAUUCAAGACAUGUCGAUCACGAGUAGAGCAAACUGGCAGAGAUUCUUUCAAGCUAUACGCGUCGCUUCUCAAGCAGCUUCUCUUCUACCUGCAGUUGCUGCAUGACGCCGAGAGAGACAAUCGUGCUGCUUCUCUGAAGACACACAUACAUCACCUUGAGCGCCUGCUCAAGAAAGAAAAGCUGAGGUUGAAAGAAAACUCCGAAUCAAUGGAUCAAUCUUCGGUGAAGCUUUCUCUUUCACAGGGCUCCGAUGCGUUCAUCAGCCAACGGUCAAUAAUCCUGAAUCUCAUUGAAGAGAUGGUGAAUCAAGUUGUGGAUGACUUCGUUUGUGAGCAAAGAGAUCACGUGUCGUUACUGGAGAGUGAGUUUCAUCAGACAAAGUUGGAGAUCAGUGAGCUUCAAGAAAAGUUGCAGAGCAUUGCUGUUGAACACAAGGAAGUAGAGAGGAAGUUUAAGCUGAUCCAAAGCAACAUCGAAAUGUGCGCUAUCAUGGUGGAGCGAGGGGGAGAGAUGAUACUGAACGACUGCCGAGUUAAGAGCGCAGACUACAAUGGAGUUUGUGUUGGUCCCAUCGCACAUGUUAUCAUCCAUAACAGCAUCAUCGAAGACUGUGGAAAGCAUGGAGUUGUUGCUCACAAUGGCGGGCGAGUGAAAAUGAUCUCGUCUGUUGUAAGGAAUUGUCGAGGCCAUGGAGCUUACAGUGUGUACUGCGACAGAGAUGUCCGAGUUGAGGACGAUGCUUCUUCUCGCCCCCAGCCAGGGGGCAUGCCCGUCCAAUCCAGCCACAUGGCCACUCAAUCGUUUGGAAAGCCGUUGCUGCAUGCAGAAUCAUCUUCCUUCCAUACGAACCUGCUCAACGGAGUGAUGGUAGCUCACGGGGGAGGCGCCAAUCUCAUCGACUGCAGCGUCACCUCCAACUACCGACAUGGAGUACAAGUGGCAGGAUCAGACUCUCUCCUUUCUCUCGAUCGCACUUCCGUCUCCAACAACGGAGAAGCAGGCAUGCAAGCCAUCGAGCAGUCAACAUGCUCCUCACGCGAGUCUUGCUUUUUAGCAAACCGAGCUGAAGGGCUCAAGGUAGACGGUAUGCACACGGAGCUCCAAAUACAAGGUGGGAGGAUCGCGGGCAACAACAAACAGGGAGUGCAUGUGACCGGAGGAAGCUUGGUUACAAUGCAAGACAUCGAAGUUGCAAACAACAACAACUCAAACCCUCUCGUACAAGUGAAGAUUGUUGGAAGUCAGACGAGGUUGGAGUGUGUGGAUUGUUCAGUGGGGAAGUGGAAGUCAAGUCAAUAUGUGCUCUGUUCGAAUGGAGGAAGAGGUAGGAUGGAUUGGCUGCAGAGGGACAAGAGGACGUUCAACCAGGGACCACAAGGGAGCGAGACCAAAGUCUUGCAGGAAGGGAGCGAUCAGAUCCUCAGGGCUGAUGCCCUGACUUUGUAUCUUGACGAGCAUGGUGUCUCCUCGUCCGGCGAUCGUUACGUCGAGAUCAAGCUGCAUGCCAAGAACGCUCUCAGCUCCCCUCCUCUCCUCUCUCUCUCGUGGGCCCCUACAGUCGCGGGAUGCAGCAUGCUCGCCCUCAACUCCUUCAUUCACUCUCGCCUGCUCGAGGGGAGGUCGCGCGGAAGAGAAGAGGCCUGGCUCAGUAAGAUAACGAGUUGGUACGUCUACUGGACAGAAAGGCAUACGGGAGAUGAGACCACCGGCUUCGAGGGCAACUUGAAUGGGCCCGUCGAGAGCAGCGAGCAGCUGUGGGAUGUCAUUCCUCUCAGUACAUGCUUGCAUGUCUACCCGAAUGAUGGUGCUGGAGCUGAGCAGCGGAGGCUGACGAAGCUGAGGGAGGAGGCGAUCGUGGCCAAAGUCGAAGCAGCGAAGAGGAGCAGAGCAAGCGAGGAGAAGGCGAGCAGACUCAGCAUGAGCCUUGAGGAAAGAGAGGCCGUCCUCCAGCAGGAUGCGGUCAAAGUUGCUCGCCAUGCAGCACAUGUUCGCUUUCUGGAGGGCUUGAGAGGGAAGGAGCGAGAGCUGCAGAAGCGUGAAUGA